AUGGCCGACAGUCUGUAUGAACUACUUUCGCCACCAGGGCCAUCAUCGUCCCGGGCUCUGGCCGACCCAAGCUCGCUAGAAUAUCUCACAACAUUAGCAUCACAACCGCUUUCAUCACUCGCGUCAUCGGAACCGCAAGCACUCUCGCAAUCAUCACAUGGGCUGCUGCUGUCAUUGCAAGCCCUCUCUAAGAAAUCACACAAGCAGAUCAUCGAGUCUGCAUCACACCAUGCAACACUUCGCACCACAUUGCCCGCACUCGCGGCGAGCACUGCCGAGCUACGCAAUGCGAUUCCCAGGCUUGAUAGCGAAGCAGUGCGCUUCUCGACGACCUACAACAAGAGCAGCGACAAUGAGGUGCUAGCACGUCGCAAAAAGGCACUUCUCCUCUCACGCAAUGUCGAGCGCCUGGUCGAUGUGCUCGAGUUGCCGACUUUGUUAUCCUCCGCCAUCACGACAGCGCCGGUCAACUACUCCUCCGCCUUGGACUUGAACGGGCACAUUCGGCGCCUACACUCCAUUUACUUAAACUCGCCCCUCAUGGAGUCAAUAUCCACCCAAGCCGACGAAGCCAUGCGCACCAUGGCCGCCAAUCUCAUCCUCUCCCUCAAAGCGCCGGGCCUCAAGCUAGCCGCCUCACUACGAACCAUCAGCUGGCUACGCCGAGUCCUCCCCGAUCUCGAAGCCGCCUCCUCAUCCUCCUCCUCACCCACCACCACCACCACCAUCAUCCAACCCUCCGCCCACGCCAAAGGACGCGAAUCCCAAGAGCGCGUUCUAGGCGCGCUCUUCCUGGUCUGCCGCCUCGCGACGCUCAUGGUGAUGCUCGAGGCGCUGGAGCCGCUGCGCGAGCUGGCCGACCAGGAACAGGCGCGCCAGCGGGCCCUCGGCAGCGGCAACGCCUGGUCGGGCGGCCAGCAGACGGAGCGCUACCUCAAGCGCUACCUCGAGAUCUUCCGCGAGCAGAGCUUCGCCAUCGUCUCCAUGUUUCGGAGUAUCUUCCCCGCGACCGCGGCGGUGACGAGUGAUGGGCCGGCUACGAGUGGUGGUGUUGGUGAUGGCGGUGUCGGUGGUGCUACUACUACUGCUACGUCGCAGGGUGGUGGCAGUGACCCGCUGGAACCGAUGCCUUCGGCCCUGGCGACGUUUCCGCUCUACUUGGUGGACAUGCUGCUGGAGACGCUGCGGGUGUAUCUGCCUACCGUGAGGGACCAGGCGGCUAGGGACAGUCUGCUUACGCAGGUGCUGUACUGUGCGGGGAGUCUAGGGCGGCUGGGCGGUGAUUUUGGGCUGUUCCUUGCUACGCUGGAUGUAGGGCCCGAGGCGGAGGAUGAGUGGGUUGAGGUUGUAAAGAGGCACCGGGCUUUGGCUGGGCGACUGGAGUCGAUUGUAGGGGAUCAGAGGAGGGGGAGUUGA